AUAUUUAUGUUGUAAAACAUCGUCUUACGAUGAAAAGUCAAACGAGCACUUUCAUGCAUUGUGCAUGUUUUACAUUAUAAUCCUGUUGUUAAUUUUUGCGUGCAAUUACCAUCUGUUUCAUAAUGCAAUAUAACAACAGAACAAUUCAAUUAAAGCUCAUAGUUUUAGCCAACAUGAAGCUUAGUUGUGUAGUCUUGGUGCUCUUUCUUUUAACUUUAGCAGCUUGUAUCGAUGUAGGCUCAGGAUAUGAUGAUUACAGUGGCGCCUUUUACCCAGGCAAUGCGUACUAUCCAUCUGGAAGUCAUUGGCACGGAUAUCACGGGCAUGGAUACAAGGGAAAGUAUUACGGAAAAGGAAGGAAAUACUAUUACAAAUAUAAGCGCACUGGAAAGUACAAAUAUCUUAAGAAAGCUAGAAAAUACCACAGAAAAGAUUACAAGAAAUAUUAUGGAGGCGGUAGCAGUUAGUAAAUAACUUCACCUAAACGAAUUCCGCAAGUUUCAAUAACAAUGACCAGU